UGCCCUCUAGUGUAAUGAACUGAUUAUGAAAUACAUCUGAUCCCUGCAGCUGAGCUUCGCACUUUGCGCUGUCCGUCUCGGUUCGGCCACUCUCCUUUCUGGCGAUCCGAGCUCAUGAGUCCGGCGACAAGCUCAUGCAGCAGAGCUGGCAGCACACAGCUGGGAUAUCUGUGUCCCAUCCUAACAAAAAGGACUGUGAUGAGUGCCAGUUCCUGACUGGACAUGUGGAGUAUUAGGUAAGAUCCAACUGAGGAGACACUGCUUCAGACACUGCCCUGCCUUAGACAAACAGGAUUUGAACCCUGGGGUCACGGACUCGCCAUACCCAGAGGAGACAAUUCUUCAGUGUUAUUAUCGGAAAUGGCUAAUAAUAGAUGACAAGAAAACCAGAGCGGUCUUUUGGCGGAGUCUUCUUGUGUAGCCGCCACAGCCGGAGAAGACAGACGUCCUCGACUUCGGUGAAUCAUGAUUCCCAUAACUGAGCUGCGCUACUUUGUGGAUACGCAACCUACGUAUCGCAUCCUAAAGCCAUGGUGGGACGUGUUCACAGACUAUUUAUCCGUUGUAAUGCUGAUGAUCGCUGUAUUUGGGGGCACGCUUCAGGUCACGCAGGACAAGAUGAUCUGCCUGCCCUGCAAGUGGGUAGUUAACAAGACCUGUAGAAAGUAUUUCAAUGCAACUUUUUCUGUGCCCUUGACCCUUGAGCCACAAGGAAUCCAGUAUGACCUUGAUCGCCACCAGUACAACUAUGUCGAUGCUGUGUGCUAUGAAAACAAGCUACACUGGUUUGCUAAGUAUUUCCCAUAUUUGGUGCUGCUGCAUACCCUCAUCUUUCUGGCUUGCAGCAACUUCUGGUUCAAGUUCCCUUGGACGAGCUCUAAACUGGAACAUUUUGUUUCUAUCCUACUGAAGUGUUUUGACUCGCCCUGGACCACGAGAGCUCUGUCCGAAACCGUCGUGGAGGAAAGCGACCCAAAAGCGCUGGUGAAAAUGAACGGUUCCUUCGAUAAGAAGGCUUCGUAUGUGAGCGAAGACGUCGAGGCGAGUGUUCCCAUGCUGUCGACGACCAGAUCUCGUUUUGAACAAGGAAUUGUGGACCACUCUGAGACUGGUGUCCUGGACAAAAAGGAAGGGGAACAAGCAAAGGCAUUGUUUGAGAAGGUGAAGAAGUUUCGAACUCAUGUGGAAGAAGGCGAUAUAGUCUACCGACUCUACAUCCGACAGACUAUCAUCAAAGUUGUUAAGUUUAUUCUUAUUAUUUGCUAUACCGGAUACUAUGUCCACAAUAUUCAGUUCAGCGUCGACUGCAAUGUGGACAUCGAGAGUCUCACCGGUUAUCGCAUGUACAACUGUGCCCAUCCCCUGGCAACUCUCUUCAAGAUCUUAGCCUGCUUCUACAUUAGUCUAGUUAUCGUGUACGGGAUGAUCUGCAUGUACACCCUCAGCUGGAUGCUACGGCGCUCUCUCAAGAAGUACUCGUUUGAGUCAAUCCGAGAGGAGAGCAGCUACAGCGACAUCCCAGAUGUGAAAAACGACUUCGCCUUCAUGCUGCAUAUGAUUGACCAGUACGACCCCCUCUACUCCAAACGGUUUGCGGUCUUCCUCUCGGAGGUGAGCGAAAACAAACUUCGCCAGCUGAACCUGAACAAUGAAUGGACUUUGGAAAAGCUUCGGCAGAGGAUCACGAAAAACUCCCAAGAGAAGCUGGAGCUCCAUCUGUUCAUGCUCAGUGGGAUUCCAGACACGGUCUUUGACUUGUUGGAGUUGGAGGUUCUGAAGCUUGAGCUCAUCCCUGAUGUCACCAUCCCACCGAUCAUUGCCCAGCUCACGAACCUCCGAGAGAUGUGGCUGUACCACACACCAGCCAAAAUAGAGGCUCCAGCUCUUGCGUUUCUGAGAGAGCACCUGAAAUCGUUGCACAUCAAGUUCACUGACAUAAAGGAGAUUCCUCUGUGGAUCUACAGCUUGAAGAACCUGAGCGAGUUGCACCUUACUGGGAACCUCAGUGCUGACAACAAUCGCUACAUCGUCAUCGACGGUCUACGCGAGCUGAAGCGUCUGAAGGUUCUGAGACUGAAAAGUAACCUUACGAAGCUGCCUCAGGUGGUCACGGAUGUUGGAAUGCAUCUCCAGAAGCUGUCCAUCAACAACGAAGGCACCAAGUUGAUGGUGCUCAACAGCUUAAAGAAGAUGGUGAACCUCUCCGAGCUGGAGCUUGUCCGCUGUGAUCUGGAGCGCAUACCUCAUUCCAUCUUCAGCCUGCACAAUUUACAGGAGAUCGAUCUUAAGGAUAACAACCUGAAAACCAUUGAGGAGAUCAUUAGUUUUCAGCAUCUUCAUCGACUUGUUUGUCUAAAGAUGUGGUAUAAUCAGAUUGCAUACAUACCUAUACAGAUAGGUACCUUGGUCAACCUGGAGCGCCUCUAUUUAAACCGCAACAAGAUCGAGAAGAUCCCAUACCAGCUCUUCUUCUGCCGGAAGCUGAGGUUUCUGGAUCUGAGCCAUAACAAUCUGACAGACAUCCCGUCAGAAAUAGGAACUCUACAGAACCUUCAGUACCUUGCUGUGACUGCCAACAGGAUUGAGGCUCUCCCCCCUGAAUUGUUUCAGUGUAAGAAAUUGAGAACACUGAACCUCGGAAACAACUGCCUGCAGUCCCUACCCUCACGGUUCGGGGAGCUCACCAGUCUGACACAGCUGGAGCUGAGGGGCAACAGGCUGGAGUGCCUUCCUGUAGAACUUGGGGAGUGCAGACUGCUGAAGAAGAGUGGCCUAAUUGUGGAGGACAGUAUUUUCAACACUUUACCUUCAGAGGUCAAAGCGCAGCUGUGGAGAACUGACAAAGAGGCUUCUUGAAGCAGAUGCGUGAACCUGAGAGCAUUUGCCUUUGAUGUGAGGAGAGGAAUUCAAUCCAAAAUUUGAUGUAUGUUAAAUAUUUCAGGGAUCAUUAGAAUGUUUCCUGAAAGACAUAAGGGGUAUUUCACUUUACGGCAUGUGAUGUUUUAUUAUAAACGAAAGCCAUGGCAUUUCCAUUGACAGAGAGUGAGGAGUGAGCAGACCAAAUAUUACAUCAGGAUUAAGGUGCUGUUAAUUGUUGCCUUAAUUUACACUAUUCAGAUAUUGUAUUAUAAACAUUUUGACUCAAUUUUAUACCAGUGUUACUGUGUAAGUGUUACUGUGUGUGUAAAAUCACUCUUCUAUUGCCUGUUCUUAAAUCCAUGUCUCUGUACAUUAACUGAUUAAUGUAUUCUAAAACUUUGAGAGCACUGGAUAACUUUUGAACAUUUGUUUAUACCAGCCCUACAUGUUUCCUGCUGUACAGUCUCUUUCACAUACUGAUAAUGCAA